AUGGGUUGUGGGAAAUCUAAACAUGAUGUUGCUACAGGAAACACCACCGUCCUCCAGCGCAAGAAAUCCAGCGUCGAUUCCAAGGCAGGACAGGAAAAUGGGACAGAAACCAAUGACAAUGUUGACAAUGUGAGUUCAGAAGUGGAACAGAAGAACGAUGAAAAUGUCAAAGAGAUUAAGGAUGUUGAGUCAAAUGGCGUUAAUGGCAAAGCCUCUGAGGUAACAAAUGUGCAAGAAGACAAGGCAAAGGAGAAGAGCCAAGAAGCUGAUGGUGCAGCAGAGGGAAAGACACAGGAAAUUGUUGUUGCAGAGGAACCGUCUGAAGGUGGCAAAGACGAUUCAUUGAAAAAUAAUGAACAAGAAGUGAAUGAUGCUUCUGAUGCUGCGGAAGAGAAAAAACCAUCUGAAGAAAAUGAAAAAGAGGAAGUCAGCUUAAAGGAAGAGACUUUGGUCAAGGAAGAAGAAACCAAAGAAACAAAUCAAGAGGAGGCUUUGGUCAAGGAAGAAGAAACCAAAGAAACAAAUCAAGAAGAGGCUUUGGUCAAGGAAGAAGAACCCAAGGGCAUAAAUGUUUCAAGCUCUGAAGGUGAACAAGAUUUGAAAGCUGAGCAGGGACAAUAG